AUUAUCUCCUACUCACACUGCCAUGUAUCGAGACUACCGUGAGGCCAGGGGAGGGGCACCUAGCAAUGACAGCUCCAGGUCCUCUGUGGUACCCCCUUGGGCUACCGACUACAACAGCUACAGCAACAGCUAUAACAGCAGGAGCCAACCAGGAGGUGUGGCAGGACAUCGCAACACUUCCAACUCAGCGGCCGGGGUGGGAGGAGGAAGAGGACGGGGUGCUCAUGAGAGAGGAGGGAGGAGGAGUAACGAGAGAAGAGGGGAAAGAAUGCCAACGGAGAGGAGAAGAAGACAUGGAGGUUGUACCCCCUGAAGUACCACAGAAAAAGAACGUCCUGACGGUCAAGGCUGUGGACCUUCACAUCAAGCAGAACACGAAAGAGCACAAUACAUCAGAGUACGACUGCACAGAGAGGGACCGGAACCCUCGCCUUGUGGUGAGGCGAGGUCAGGUGUUUAUCUUGACCUUCACCUUCCAACGUCCGUGGUCAAGUGCAGACGAUGAUCUAAGUCUUCAGCUUUCUUUAGGAGAACAAGCAAAUGAAGCGGAUGGCACUCUCGUGAAGAUAAAGAUGGCCGAAGACGGUAGCAACAAAUUCUCGCCUGACCAGCUGUUUAGUGCUAAGAUCGCACAGGCAGAGGGGAAGAAUCUGACCGUGUUCGUCUACCCAUCCCCGAACGCCAUGAUAGGAGAGUGGGAAUGUCUCGUGUCUACCGCCACUGUUGGUUCCCCAGAGCCAUUCGUCUUCCAGGGAAUCGGGGAGAUCUACGUGCUGUUUAACCCCUGGUGUAAAGAGGACCAGGUGUUUUACACAGAGAACCCUGGUGACCUGGAAGAGUACGUCAACAACGAGUACGGCUGUGUGUUCCAAGGUCAGGCAGACUACAUCUCUCGGAAACCUUGGUUCUAUGGACAGUUCCGAGAUGGUGUCCUGGAUACAUGUAUGACCAUCUUGAGAAUAGCCUUUGACUUGCAGGUAUCACGAGAUAUGGGCAAUGCCAUAGAAGUCACGAGGAGACUCUCCAGAGCGUGUGUCGAGCCUUAGGCAUCCCAUGUCGUAGUUUGACCAACUACGAGUCGGCUCAUGACACUGACCACACAGUGACCAUCGACAGCUACAAGAACGAAGAUGGCGACGACAUGCCAGAAUACAAACAGGACUCCACAUGGAACUACCACUGCUGGAAUGACGUGUGGAUCAACCGACCGGAGCUGGACAGUUCUGCCAGUGCGAGGGGACGUUACAGUGGCUGGCAUGCCAUUGACGCCACACCGCAGGAGAAAAGUGCCGGGCGCUACCAAUGUGGCCCGACCCCUCACAAAGCGGUCCGCUGUGGAGAGUUGAGCGUGGGUUACGAUACCGGCUUCCUGUUUGGUGAGGUCAACGGGGAACUUUGUACCUGGCUGGUGCCCAAUGACCGGUCACGUGGUCUACAGCUGCUCAGUAGGGAUCCUACAGCCGUCGGCAAACGUAUGAGCACAAAGAAACCUGACGGUGGUCGGGCUAUCGGCACGUUUGGGCCAGGUGCCAGAAAAGUGGAGGACGUGAGGAUGGACAUAACGCACCUGUACAAGUUUCCAGAAGGAAGUAAAGAAGAGAGGGAAGCGCUCAAGCUGGCUGUGGGCAGAGGACCAGGAGCGAAAAUAUUUGAAGAGCCUGGGGGUGUCUCUAUCAACCUUGUUGAAGUCUCUCCCACCCAGAUAGGCAACAGCUUCACGUUCAGCGUUUUGCUCACUAACACCAGCAACGAGCCGCGCGCCUUAGGACUCACACUGGGCGUUUUCCCCAUCGACUACAGAGGGGAGAGGUUAGGUUGGGACAAAGUCGCCUUUAAGAAGUACGAAGCAGUGUCUAUUAGUCCAGGAGAAAAUUUGCGGUUUGACUUACCAGUACAGGACAAGGCCUACUUAGCGUUCUGCGACAAGUCCAUGUCCAUGAUGCUGAGAGCUCACGCCAAGAUUCAGGGAGAGGAGAAACCAGUCAGCAAGAUGAAGAAAAUGUCCUUGAUUGCUCCUGAUUUAUCAGUUAUGAUCCCAGGCCCUGCCACCCGACUUGAGCGAGAUCAACCGUUCUCGGUAACCAUCCAGGCCACGAACCCUUGCAGCAAGCCUCUGACGGAAUGUUCCCUGCAGCUAGACGGGAGCAUCGAACCCCUUCCCUCUCAGGGAUUUACUUAUGUAGACUCCGCUCAUGUGAAGAAAAUCAGCGACAUCUUCCCCAACCAAGUCAUGACCUUGACGAUUGAGGUGAAAGCCAAGAGACAGCCUUACAUGAGCAAGAGGAGAGAGCUGGACGUAGAUCUCAUCUGUAAACAGCUGCCGGAACUCACGGGAAGCUUGGAGGUCUCACUGAGCUAAUGCUGAAUAUAACACCUUGUGUAGUGAGAAAUGAAUUACAUAAAUUAUGAACUUUAACGCUGAUGGUUGCCUCAUAUAUAGCUCUAAUAUGAGUACUGUGAUGAUAUCAAAGGCUCCGGUUUCAGGACUGAUGAUUCGAAAGAAUUAUUUGAAUUCUUUUUUUAAUAUAGCUUUAUGACGAAGCAUGGUUCAUACAUAAAGUGGAUACUAAAAGUUUGAUUCUGAAUAAGUGUGCACUGUUUAAAGAUCUGAAUCAAAACACACUCCGAUUGUUUUCUGGGAUGUCCUCUAAACAAUUUCAAUGUAAUAACGAGUACGGACCAAUUUCACGUAAGAUCUCUGGAUUUAUUUUUUGGAGACUACUAGGGGGGAUAGAAUAGAACAAAUAUUCAUAAUUUUCAAUCUCCUUAUUUUUCUACCUUGAUGAGUUGUCUAGCUUAUUAUUCUAUUGUUUUUUUUUAUUAAAACAAUAAUUUGUCAGAAAGGUUCACGGUCACACUUUAGUAACGGAUGUAAAACAACCAAGCAGGGAAUGAAUGGGAUCCCGGGAGUGUUUCACGACACCUCUAAAACACACAACAGACAAGACACGGGUACUCUGACAGAUUACUUAAAUCUCCGCUAUGCCCUUGACCUUCAAUUAUCGCACCCGAGUCGCUAUUCGCUCGUAGAUAUGAUGAUAAAGGAAGCUACGCAGAAACCGCCUUAGAAUAGAAAAUUUAAGAACUGCUAAUGUUACUAUAAUAUUGUGAAUUUGACUGAAUGUGUUGCCCCUGCCUUUUUUUUUACUGUUUAAUGAUCAACUAUUUAUAUUAGCUAUAGCACUUUUACGUUGCACUCCAUUUAUGUGUUUAAUGCUCAUUUUAUUUUUAAAAAAUAUAAUUACUAAUUCAAUUGUUAUAGUUUCCACAAUCUAAACAGAUUGUCACUUGUAUUUCAUGCACCACUAAAUACUACCAGGCAGCCAUUGUUUUAUUGUUAUCAGAUAAUAGAUGUGUCUUAUUACCUGCAGCCGUAUUAUCAGUUUAACUUUUUAAUAAUUAAAACUUGUAUAUUAUGACAUCUUAAAGACCACCCCCCACACCAAAAAAAAAGAAGAAAAACACAAACAAACCGAUAUUAUAAUACAUUAAUAACCGAAAAAA